AUGCUAUUGGACAAUAGGGAGAUAGUCGGCUUUUUUCCGGAGCGCUACCGACUUGUGGAUGAGGAUCGAUUGGUUCAGCGACUUGACAAUACUCGAACAAUUAAGGCACACGAGGCAUGUGUAAAUACACUGAGAUGGAAUCGUGGUGGCACUUUGUUAGCAUCUGGAUCUGAUGAUCGAAGGAUUAAAGUGUGGAAUCUGGCCGGAGACUGCCUCACGUCAGUGGACACUGGCCACCAUGCGAACGUAUUUGCUGUUGAGUUUUUGCCUGCAGGAAAUGACCGUAUACUCAUAUCGGCCGCAGGAGAUCGAUUAGUAAAGAUGCAUGACAUUGAUGGAUGUAGAGAGGAGCCAAUCACUUGGAAAACGGGUGGAAGAGUGAAACGCUUGGCAACUGCUCAAGACGAGCCAUACUUGUUCUGGUCGGCUGCGGAAGACAGCCAUGUCAGAGAGUACGAUACUCGAACAAAUGAAGAAAAGAAGCUUAUCAAUAUGGAUGAGAAGCGUGUCAAGUCAUUCGCAAUAUGUCAAGGACGGACUGAAUUGAUGGCUGUUGCUACGGAUGAAGCUCCUGUUCCAAUAUACGACAGAAGGAAACCGGAUAAGCCAAUAUUGACGUGUGUGAAUGCUGAUGACAGAUGUCAUGGUAAUUUUACUUACACCACUCACGUCUCAUUCGAUGAGAUGGGUACGGAGUGUCUGGUGAAUCAGGGUUGUGGUCCUAUAUAUUUAUUCAAAUUAAAAUCGGAUGAUCGACCUACAGUUUUACAGAAAAUAAAAUCGAUUAUCGAGAGCGAUGUUGAAGUCCCUACCUAUGGUAAACACAAUUUGGCUUUUACUGUUGCUCGAGAGCAGGCCAAAGUGCUUUUCGAUUCCAAGAAAUUUCCCGAGGCGAUCGAAAUCUACAGUAGGGCUCUUGCGCUCUCAGGUGGUGACUACGACCGAAGCAUACUUUUUGCCAAUCGUGGUAUGGGUUAUCUUUGCCGAAGAUGGGAAGGCGACUCUUAUGCAUGUGUUCGUGAUUGUGUAGAGGUAAAUUAUUAA